AUGGGAAACCUGCUGGCAAAAUUCACCCACAUACCCUCUUGUCUUUUAUUCCAGUCUUUCCAAGGGAGUCAGGGAAGAGCUUAUCUCUUCAACUCAGUGGUGAAUGUGGGGUGUGGGCCGGCUGAGGAGCGGGUGCUGCUGACAGGGCUGCACGCGGUAUCGGACAUCCACUGUGAGAGCUGCAAGACCACGCUGGGCUGGAAAUACGAACAAGCCUUCGAGAGCAGCCAGAAGUACAAGGAGGGGAAAUACAUCAUCGAGCUGAGCCACAUGAUCAAGGACAACGGCUGGGACUGACCCUGGCCCCCCAAACCCCACCGCAGCGGGGGGCGGGGCUUCGCACCCUCGUUCCCAUGGAAACCAGCAGCAAGGCGGGGCCUUGCAGCAUCAGUUAGGGGGGCUCCCUGGCACCGUUUCCAUGGAGACCCAUCCCAAAGCUGCUCCCCUCCAGCAGGGGUGGGGCGCCCCUCCCGGUUGCUAUGGAGACCUCCCCACCCAGGAGCACUCCGUGAGAGGAGGGGACUUUACUGAGCAUUCUGGGGGGGGGGCAGGACACGCCCACCGUUAGGGGGGAGGGGGAGGG